AUGUUCUUCCCCUUUAGCUCCCUUUUGCUCUCAAUUCUCACAAUCUCCACCGAAUCCAAUUACUCGUCUAAUGUGGACCUGAAUCAAUUCGCUCCUCCCGCCGCUCCUUCGUUAUCAGGGAUUUCUCCUCGGAUUCGCUCACGAACCGUCGACAGAAGAUCCCAAACCUACACAGACUGGUCCCAAUUCCUCCACCGUAAUCGGAUCCUCUUCAUCGUCUGCGUCAAAAGGAGUCAACAACAAUGUCUCCACCCAAGUCUAGCCGUCGCCACCGAUCCCAAACCUACGCAGACUGGUCCACCCAACUCCACCACCGUAAACGGAUCCUCUUCAUGUCCGAAAUUGAUAGUGAAGGUAAGAACUUUUGAGCUUGAUCGCAAACUCAUCAAGCUCCAAAUUUGGGAUACAGCUGGUCAUGAAUGGUUUCAAACCAUCACCACUGCAGUUCAAGUUUAUGUCUUUGUUCGAGUUAUAAGUGCUUCUCCUAUUCUUUUGUUUUUUGGUUUUGAUUAUGAUAAGAUAGUCUCUUCUCCUAGCAGCUCUGAUGAGUUUAAGGUUUUGCUUCAGGUGGGACGGAGGUUACCACUGCCUACGAGCACAUAUAUGGCGUUUAAGAUGCUAGAUUGCACCAUGAAGCUGCCAAAACAGUUGUUCGGGAAGGCGGAGUAG